GAUAAUGGAGAAGAAGCGUGACAAGUUCGCCAAGUUGCGCUCCAAAAAAUGUAGCAAAAUUGAUGCUCCACAGAUUACUAAUUUUUUCACUCCCAAGAUUAUUUCUUCUGCAAGUGGGGCAAUUGGGAGUCAGGUUCUAAGUCAGGGGAGUCAGAAGAGUGAGAAAGAUGAAGCUGAAGAUGAUGUAAUUGAAAUUGAUGAAUCUUCCAAAAGUUCGAGUGGCAGUCAAAAUAAACCGCAAGUUCCGGAAGCUGGAUGUUCCAAGAACAAGGGAAAGAAGCGUGGGAAGAUGUUUGAUAGGAGAGGUCCAAGAGCCAAGUCAAAAAAGCUAGAAGAUGAUCAGUUUCUCAAUGAAUUAUUGAUUCAUCAAAGCAUGGCUGAAAAUAUCAAUCCGGAUGAUUUACAGCUAGCUCUUGCUCUCUCCAGAUCCAUUACAGAUACCCACGGGGAGUGUUCAACAGCCCUAAGUGAAGAUUACUGCGCAAGUCCUUCCCAGUCAUCGAAAUCAUCGGUAAAAUUCACGCUGGAGGAAUACGGAUUCAAAUCCAGUGCAACGUACAAUAAAAAAGUGAUGAACUUCCUGGGAAUGGAGAAAGAACUGAGAGGAUUUAGGAAAAUGUCUUUGCUGCUUCAUAGAAAUCCCAAGAAGCAAGAUCGUCUCUUCAGAGACAGGAUCAAUGAUCUUCUGGACAAGUCAAUUCACGAGCGGGAAUUCGUCCGGAAACCAAGAUCUUCGUACAAUUUUUUAGUAGUCAGUGAAGAUCUUAUGCAGUGGCAGAACAAGGGAGAUGGAAUCAUGACUAUGAACAGCAAUCCUGAUCCCACUUCUGAGAUAUAUUCACUCUAUUACAGUGGAAAUCUCGUGGAGCCGUCUUACACAAAGAUUGACGCUCUGCUGAGGAACUGGGAUGAGAUUCCAGGGAGAGAAAUAUCUCCAGACCGAGCUCGGAGGAUGCAGGAGUCAUCUAGGAUGGAAGUAGAUGAUCCAGAGAUUGCAAGGGAGAACAUUCCUGAAGAAAUUGAAAGAGAAGAAGAUAUUUUUGGAGAAGAUCUUUCUGCAGAGGAAAAAGGAAGCCUUCCUGGAGAGCUAGAAAGAAAAGAUCUUCCUAAAGAGGAGAAAGAAAACCCUUCCGGGGAGCUGAAAGGAAAAGAUCUGCCUGAAGAGGUUGAUGGUGAAAAUCUUCUUGAAGAAGAGCACGAUCUUCGUCGUCUUCGUGAAAAAGAUCUUCCUGGAGAGGAAAAAGAUCUUCCUGGAGAGCCAGAAAGCGAAGAUCUUCCUGAAGAGGAGAAAGAAAACCCUCCUGGGGAGCUGAAAGGAAAAGAUCUGUCUGAAAAGGUUGAUGAUGAAGAUCUUCAAGAAGAGCACGAUCUUCGUCGUCUUCGUGAAAAAGAUCUUCCUGAAGAGGAAAAAGAUCUUCCUGACGAGCAAGAAGGACAAGAUCUCCCUAAAAAAUUAAUAGAAAACCUUCCAGGAGAGCUAGAAGGAACAGAUCUCCCUGAAGCGAAUGAAAACGAAAAUCUUCCUCAAGAAAUACAAGGAAAAAAUCUGUCAAAAUCUGUCUCAUUUCCAACUCCCAGAAGAUCAACAACUCCUGACAUCUUGGAGAGUGAUGAGAGUACUCUGCAGAUUGCAAAUCCUGAGAAUGAUUCCAUAGAAAUAUCCAGUGAUGAGGAAAUGGCUAGUGAAAAAGACACCCCUCAGAAAACCUUACUUUCCCCGGAAAACAAUUCAACAAAAGAAAAUUCAUCUUCAAGCGCUUCCAGCCUGCAUAAAACCAACUCAAAGAGCUUCCUGGACGUCGACAAUUGCAUGCUGCAGGAAUCUGUUAUAGUGAUUGAAAGUGACGAUGAGCAGGAGAUCAAUCAGAGCAUCAAUAAAAUAUUGGAUGAUCAUCAGGAAACUAAGCAUCUUGCGAAGAAAUCAAUUUCCGAUGGCUUCAUUUUCUGCCAGAAUGGAAGUUUCAGUGAAAUCCAUCAGCAACCAGAUGAACCAGAAGUCCCUCCGGAAAACAACAUCCCACUCUCCCUGCAAAGCAAUAUCAGUUCCCUUCUGACAGAUGAAAUAAUCCAGGAUACUCCUCCAAAUGAUCCUCCUGUGGACAAAAACGAACUGACUUUUGUCACAGAGUCUCUAAGAAACGAGGAUAUCUCAGUGGUCAAGAGGAGAGCAGUUACACCUCCUCCAAACUACAAUGCAAUGACCAAUGAAGAAAUCCAGCAGGAACUCAGGAAGUACGGCUUGAAAGCCAUCAAAGGACGAAAGGCCAGAAUACUCUUGGAGCACAUUUACAAUCAACUGCAUCCUUUCAUUCAGAUCGAGGACCCAAUGUUCCAAUUGAAGUCCAAAUAUGGCCUAAUCGAUGCCAACACAGAGCAACAGGAAGUGCCAGGAAAAGAAAUUGUCCCAGAGAAUUUUGAUAUGGUCUGCAGAGAUGAUUUUCUCGGGGAUAUUGAGGCAAAAAAGUGCAUCCUUCCAUGUCCUCCGAGAAAGAAAAUCCCAACUUGCGCACUUCCCCUUCACAUUGCCUUCUACAACUUCUUGCAGUGCAACAGGGAUAUUCAUGAGAAGAUCCUGCAGUAUCAGCCAGUAUCUUUAGAACUCAUCAAUGCGCAUUUCAAAGGAAUAGGGAUCAAAUACGAGAAUAAUGAUUUAAUUGAAUUUCUGGACAAGACAUGCAUCACGUUCCAAGGCCCAAACAGCGGGAGUCGCACCACGAGGAAGCAACCGUCAUCGCCCAAGAAGACUCUCACGAAAUCAAAUUCGUCCAAAGAAUGUGGUGAAUAUUACUGACACUUGUUAUCAGUGACGUCAUUAUGAUUGCAAAAUCUCUGGGGCUUUUUAGAAUUAAAUGGGAAUAAAAACAAAUUAGAGAGUGUUAGCAAAU